ACCUUGAGUGUGUGUCAGCAGAAGUCGGAGGUCGGCGUGUUGAGGAUGCAGGGCUGUGUGUUAUGGGUAGCGCUGUGCGCUCUCUGUUUUGUCGGGGUGCAUGGGGCGGACGAUAUUGUCGUGGGUUGCGGAGGGUUUGUGAAAUCUGACGUGGACAUCAACUACUCGCUUAUUGAGAUUAAAUUAUAUACGAAGCAAGGCACGCUAAAAUAUCAGACAGACUGUGCACCUAACAAUGGAUACUUCAUGAUUCCCCUUUAUGAUAAGGGGGAUUUUGUUCUUAAGAUAGAGCCUCCCCUAGGGUGGAGUUUUGAGCCAACAAGUGUCCCACUUCAUGUGGAUGGAGUGAAUGAUAUUUGUACCAAAGGGGAAGAUGUCAACUUUGUAUUUACUGGUUUCUCUGUUACGGGAAAGGUUCUCAGUCGAAACGAGCAUUCAGGUCCUCAGGGUGUACAAGUUGCAAUGCGCCGAGCAGGAAGCGGAGUUAAUUUACAGACCACUGCCACACAAAAAGGAGGAAAGUUUGCCUUUUACAAGGUCCUUCCAGGGGAUUAUGAAAUUGUUGCAUCUCAUCCGAUGUGGACUCUAAAAGAGGCGACCACCAUGGUACAAGUGAUCAGUUCCAAUGCUCAAGCCUUAAACACGCUGAUAGUUGCUGGUUAUGAUGUCUCAGGGUCCGUUCGCAGCGAUGGAGAGCCAAUGAAGGGCGUCAUGUUUUUGCUUUUUUCUUCCUCAAUUAAAAGCGAGGAUAUUUUGGGCUGCAAUUUGUCACCAGUCGAAGGAUUCCAGGGAAAAGAUGAGUCCCUCUCAUAUCUGUGUCACAUCACAUCUGGCGACGAUGGCUCAUUUACCUUCCUGUCACUUCCUAGUGGGGAUUACAGUGUGAUACCUUUUUACAGAGGAGAACGAAUUACAUUUGAUGUUGCUCCAUCCAGAAUGGACUUUACUGUGGAACACGACAGUGUCAAAUUAGAGCCGAUUUUCCAUGUCAUGGGUUUCUCGGUGACCGGGAGGGUUCUGAAUGGACCGGACGGUGAAGGAGUGACUGAUGCUCUGGUUACACUCAACAACCAGAUAAAGGUUACAACUAAUGCGGAUGGAUCUUUCCGUCUGGAAAACAUGACGGCUGGUACAUAUACAAUAGAUGCGCAGAAGGAUCACAUAUAUUUUGACACUCUUACAGUAAAAAUUGCACCAAACACGCCACAGCUUGCUGACAUUAUUGCAACAAGAUUUAGUGUAUGCGGAGACAUUUCUAUAACGCAUUUCCCAGAGUCAAUGAAGCAGAUAGGUAGAUAUAAAAUUACUCUAACACCCCAAGAGAAGGAAAGAACUUCAUCUAUUAUCACAGAAUCCGACGCUCAAGGAACGUUUUGCUUCCAAGCUAGAAAGGGAUCCUACAACAUCCAAGUUAGUAUCUCAGAUGCUGAAGCAAAAGCUGGACUUGCACUGAAGCCUACUCUAUACCCUGUGAUUGUUAUGGAUAGACCAGUUAUGGAUGUCUCUUUUUCUCAGUUCAUGGCUUCUGUUUCUGGCAAAGUAUCCUGUUUAGAUUCCUGUGGUGAUCUGACUGUGACGUUACAAUCUACAAGCCGACAACGUGAGAAGCGCAGUGUACAGGUAUCCGGGAAGACAGAAACUGUUACUUUUGGUUUUGAUCAUGUCUUACCUGGAAAAUACAAAGUGAGCAUAAUUCAAGAAGACUGGUGUUGGAAGAAUAAAUCUUUGGAAUUUGAAGUUACAGAUGAAGACAUUAUGGGAAUUGAGUUCCGCCAGACCGGCUACAUGCUAAGGUGUUCGCUCUCUCAUGCCAUUACACUGGAAUUUUACCAGGAUGGAAAUGGUCCAGAAAAUGUUGGUGUUUAUAAUUUAACAAAGGGAAUUAAUAGAUUCUGUCUUUCCAAACCAGGUGUUUACAAAGUGACGCCGAGAUCUUGCCAUCGUUUUGAACAUGCAUUUUAUACCUAUGAUACCUCUUCACCUAGCAUUCUUACUCUGACUGCUAUGAGACAUCGUGUCCUAGGGACCAUCACAGCAGAUAAGCUAAUGGAUGUCACCGUCACUAUUAAAUCUUCCAUAGACAGUGAGCCAGCCCUAGUUUUAGGACCAUUGAAAUCUGUGGAGGAGACCCGCAGGGAGCAGCAGCUGGCUGAGAUUGAAGCUCGCAAGCUGCAGAGAGAGAAGUCGGACUUGGAAGAUACUGAGAUAAAGUCGCCAAUUCUAGAAGUAGUCGAUGAGCUUCAGGGACCAUUUUCAUAUGAAUUUUCCUACUGGGCCAGAUCUGGUGAGAAGAUCACAGUGACGCCAUCAUCUAAAGAACUCCUCUUUUACCCUCCGUCUGUGGAGACUGUUGUCAGUGGAGAAAGCUGCCCCGGGAAAAUGAUAGAGAUCCAGGGAAAAGCUGGCUUGUUUCUUGAAGGUCAGAUUCAUCCAGAGCUGGAAGGUGUGGAAAUAAUAAUCAGUGAAAAGGGAGCAGCCUCGCCACUCAUUACCGUGUUCACAGAUGAUAAAGGUUCUUACAGUGUGGGCCCAUUACAUAGUGACUUGGAAUACACAAUUUCAGCACAUAAAGAAGGCUUCGUACUUACUGCUGUGGAUGGAACAGUUGGGGAUUUCAAUGCAUUUGCUCUCGCUGGCGUUACUUUUGAGAUUCGAUCUGAAGAUAACCAGCCUCUGGCUGGGGUCCUGCUUUCUCUCAGUGGCGGCUCGUUUCGAUCAAACCUUCUUACUCAGGACAAUGGAAUGUUGACAUUUUCCAAUCUGAGCCCAGGACAGUAUUAUUUCAAGCCCAUGAUGAAGGAAUUUCGUUUCGAACCCUCGUCACAGAUGAUUGAAGCGCAGGAGGGGCAGAACCUGAAGAUCUCGAUCACUGGUUACAGGACAGCUUACAGUUGUUACGGGACAGUUUCCUCUCUCAAUGGUGAACCUGAGCAAGGUGUGUCAGUGGAAGGUAUUGGACAGAAAGAUUGUGCUAUUUAUGGUGAAGACACUGUCACAGAUGAGGAGGGUAAAUUCCGACUUCGUGGGCUGCGGCCUGGCUGUGUGUACCAUGUACAGUUAAAAGCCGAAGGUAAUGACCACAUAGAAAGAGCUCUGCCUCCGUAUCGAGCGAUUGAGGUUGGAAGCAGCGAUAUAGAUGGUGUGAACAUUAUUGCCUUCCGUCAAAUUAAUCAGUUUGACCUGAGUGGAAAUGUGAUUACGUCAUCUGAAUAUCUAUCUACCCUGUUGGUAAAACUUUAUAAAAGUGAAAAUCUGGAUAACCCGAUACAAUCUGUUUCUUUGGGGCAGUCACUGUUUUUCCAUUUUCCACCUCUGCUCCGAGAUGGAGAGAAUUAUAUUGUGCAGUUGGAUUCCACGCUAGCGAAAUCUCAAUAUGAGUACACCCUUCCUCAGAUCUCCUUCAGCACUCUGGGUUACCACAAACACAUCAGUUUAAUAUUCAAUCCCUCCAGAAAGUUGCCUGAGCAAGACAUUGUGCAGGGCUCCUACCUGGCUCUUCCUCUGACACUGCUGCUGCUGUUAGCUGGCUAUAAUCAUGAUAAGCUGAUUCCCCUGCUGCUGCAGUUGACAAGUCGGUUGCAAGGUGUACGUUCUUUUGGACAGACAAAUGCGGAUACUGGAAACCCAGAGGAUGCGAAAAGACUACAAAAAAGACAAAAGACAAGACGGACGUGAAGGGAAUAGGAUGAGAGUAUUAAAGUGUCAACUGUGUCAAGCUCAAGCCUUUGGGACAACUUUGGGAGAACUUACCCAGUUAAGAAGAAACUACUGACUUCAAACAGAAUUUUUAUAUGUCUUCUCUUUUUUUUUUUUCAUUACUGUUCAAGUUUGUACGUUUUAUAAGAAUAUAUAUAUGAAAAAAACUCUCAAAUUAAUUUAGUUCGGUAAUUAAAUGAACAGAUUCCAACAAUUUUGAUAUCAAAGUUUUCUCUGGAGGUAAUUUUUAUUUUUUUAUCAUCACUGAAAUACUUGAUGCCCCUCACAACCUCUGCACAAGACAAAUUAAUUUAUCUUCCUGAUUUCCCAACACGGCACCAAUAAAACUUGUUUUUCUUUUUCUCACA